AUGGGUGCAAGAUCUUGCAAAGGUGCAGCAAAUAGUAACAAAGCAAUUACUAUUGCUAUUCUUGGUUUAGACAAUGCAGGUAAAACAACAACAGCUCGUGUACUUGAAAAAGCUCCAGUCGAUUCUGUAGCACCAACAAUUGGUUUUAGUCAAACAGAAGUUCUUCACAAAGAUGAAAGAAUUAAAUUAAUUGAUUUGGGUGGUGGAGAAACAUUUCGUGAAGCUUGGCGUCAUUAUUAUGAUGAUGCAUAUGGAUUUGUUUAUGUUCUUGAUUCAAGUCAAGAAAGUCGUCUUGGUGAAAAUCGUGAUGUAUUAAAAAAACUUUUACGAGAAGAAAAAGUUAAAGGAAAACCUAUUCUUAUCUUGGCUAAUAAACAAGAUAAACCUGAGGCACUUGACAAAAAUGCAAUUCUUGAAGAUUUAAAAAUCGAACGACUUGUUAAUGAAAAUCAAACAUUAUGUCGAGUGGAAUUAUGUACAGCUACAUCAUUAAGUCGUAGUGGAAAAAAUUCUAAAAUUGACGAUUCUAUUCGACAUGGUUUUGAUUGGCUUAUCAAAGUAGUUUAUGAAAAUUAUGAUGCAUUACAUGAACGUGUUGAAAAAGAUGUUCAAAAACGUAAUGAAGCUGAACAAAACUCUAGACGAGAAAGACAAGAGCGUGUACAAAAACUACGUGAAGAACGAGACAGACAAGAAGGCACUGAAAAUGGUAAUGAUGAAGAUGAUGAUGCAAUGAAAAAUGGCUUUGUUCCAAUUGGACAAGCUGUCAAAAAUGCUGAAGUAAGAUCUGGAGCUGCUACUACUACUAUUAAUGGCGAUAUAUAG